GCUUUAGCUUUGUCUACAACGAUUCCAUAGCAGUCAACAUGAUGUCUCUCUUUGCCUUUUGUGACAACUCAAAAGUCGUUCCAUAAUCGGCAACACCUCAGCUCAGCUCAGCCCAAUUAUUGAAGAUCACUGUGACAGCUUAGAGGCGGUUUCUGUGUUCAGUUUUUCAAUUUGGGCUCUCUGUGUAGAGAAAUUCGUUUCUGGGUCUUCUGGGUCGGAUCAAUUCUGGAAUUCGGUUUUGAAUACCUGCACUGCGUGCCGUGUUUAAGAGGACCCUUCUUUGAGAGCCUCCACAACUGCAAGUAUCAGAAAUUGAAUUAGUAAAUCGAGAAUGAAUCAACCAAAAAUCAAGCGUCGAGUGGGUAAAUAUGAGGUAGGAAGGACAAUUGGUGAGGGAACAUUUGCAAAAGUGAAGUUUGCUAGAAAUUCUGAUACUGGGGAACCUGUAGCUCUCAAGAUUAUUGACAAAGAGAAGGUUCUCAAACACAAGAUGGCUGAACAGAUUAAGCGGGAAAUAGCAACAAUGAAGCUGAUUAAGCAUCCAAAUGUUGUUCGGUUAUUUGAGGUAAUGGGGAGUAAGACAAAGAUAUUUAUAGUUAUGGAGUUCGUUACCGGUGGGGAGCUCUUUGACAAAAUUGUAAACCAUGGACGGAUGAGAGAAGAUGAAGCACGGAGAUACUUCCAACAGCUUAUUAAUGCUGUUGAUUACUGCCAUAGCAGAGGUGUCUAUCAUAGAGAUCUGAAGCCAGAAAAUUUGCUAUUGGAUGCAUGUGGGAAUCUUAAGGUUUCAGAUUUUGGAUUGAGUGCACUGUCCCAACAAGUCAGGGAUGACGGCUUGCUUCACACUACAUGUGGAACUCCAAAUUAUGUUGCUCCUGAGGUCCUUAAUGAUAGAGGCUAUGAUGGGGCAACUGCGGACUUGUGGUCAUGUGGAGUGAUACUCUUUGUAUUGCUUGCAGGUUACUUGCCUUUUGAUGAUUCUAAUCUUAUGACCCUGUAUAAAAAAAUCUCAGCAGCUGAAUUCACUUGUCCCCCUUGGCUCUCUUUUGGUGCCAUGAAGUUAAUAGCUCGAAUUUUGGAUCCCAAUCCUAUGACUCGUAUCACUAUUGCUGAAAUUCUUGAAGAUGUAUGGUUCAAGAAGGAUUACAAGUCACUUGUGUUUGAGGAGAAAGAAGAUACAAACUUGGAUGAUGUAGAAGCUGUUUUUAAGGAUUCAGAAGAGCACCAUGUGACAGAAAAGAAGGAAGAACAACCAGCAGCUAUGAAUGCAUUUGAGUUAAUUUCAAUGUCAAAGGGGCUUAACCUGGGGAAUUUGUUUGAUGUAGAACAGGAAUUUAAGAGAGAAACAAGGUUCACAUCCAAAUGCCCUGCCAAUGAGAUAAUUCAUAAAAUUGAAGAAGCUGCAAAGCCUCUUGGUUUUGACGUACAUAAAAAAAACUACAAGCUGAGGCUUGAAAACAUGAAAGCUGGAAGAAAGGGAAACCUUAAUGUUGCCACAGAGAUAUUUCAAGUGGCACCUUCUCUUCACAUGGUUGAGGUGCGAAAAGCCAAAGGGGACACCUUGGAGUUCCACAAGUUUUAUAAGAACCUCUCUACAUGCCUGGAGGAUGUUGUCUGGAAGACUGAGGAGGAUAUGCAAGAAAAGUAAAAUCAGCGUUAUAUUUCAACAAAUUUUGCUAUGAUGGUACAUCGCCAGUAAUGCUGUUGCUUUAUGUCAGCAUUCUUUCUUUUGUUUUUCUUUUUUCUUGAGAGGCUUUUUCUACCCCCUAUUCGAUAGAUUUAGACAGACAUCCAUUGACCUUAUGGUUUCUGUGCUAUUAAUGUCGGAACGCAUAGAAAAUAUACUUAGUGCUGCAAAUAUGAGAGAUGGAUGUUGAUAGUUUCUCUACUGCUUGUGGGUGUACAUUAGAAGACAUUAUGUACACUUCAUUAUUAUCUUUUGGCAAUACAGUAUGACUUUAGAUGCA